ACUUAUUGAAUUUUUGCGUUUUAUUUAAAUAACGUUUUAAAGCCAGUCGCAUUGUUUUUGAUUUUUCGUUAUGUCUGCCAACGAUGAAAUUGAAGAGCUGGAUGUUCAGGAACAAGGACCUGGAACAUUGCGAAGAAGGAAACUCGUAAGAUGCGCCAAAGAGAAAAUUGGACAAGCAUCAGAGUUAUUAAAGAAAAAAAUUCCUUGCGCGGGCUACUUUCUAGCCCCCAAAAAACUAUGGCUUAAGAAAGUAUCAACAGCCAAUUGUGAUGUUGUUCUUGUGUUUCCACCAGGAGCUGAGGAUCAGUUUCUUCUUUGGUUAUUAUCUAAACUUAGGGAAUCGCCGGGUCUUACAGUGCAUGUCAGACAUCAUGCAUCAACUCAGAGUAGUGCAUUUUACAUUACAGCUCCAUUUCCAUUGUUGUUAAAAGCAGCUGAAGAAUAUCAUUUGCCAAAACCCUUAAAGGAAUCAAAAGGCGGAGGGUUAAAAGAAUUUCUGGUCAAAGAAUUUAAAUUUUAUGAAGGAUGUGAUGACCGAGAUAAUUUUUUUACUACAGAAGAAAAGCAGUGGUUGGUUUUGAGACUGCUUGAGAGUGUUAGAGCAAAAAAGACUGACUUGAAUGCCAUUCCAAAUAUUACAUUUUUGGAAGGACAACCCAUAGUACCUAAAUGUUUAACAUCAAAUUGCAUUUCACAAAUUUUUCCUCUUCAUGAACCUUUGGCCUUGGAGAGGCUGCAACAAGGCUGGGUGAGGGACGUUUUCGCCAGGCAACCUCUUGAUGAAAUUACUGAAUAUUUUGGGGUCAAAAUUGGUAUGUAUUUUGCUUGGUUGGGACACUACACAACCGCUUUAAGCAUUCCGGCAUUGGUUGGUUUCUUUUUUUGGUUGCUGUGCAAUGGCAAGCACCAGACCUUAGAAGACAUAGGAUAUGUUGUGUUUUCAAUUUUUAAUGUUGUCUGGGUGACAACUUAUCUUCAGGCAUGGAAAAGAUACUCUGCUGAGUUGGCUUUCAGAUGGGGAACACUCGAUCAAAGGGACGAUCUGUUGGCCGAGCCAAGGCCUCUUUUUAGGCUACCGCGGCAUGUUAUUGUUUGUUUCCAGGGGCCUUUGAAGCCCAGCGCGGUCACCGGACGGCUGGAACCGUUCCAGCCGACUUGGAAGCGCCACGUGUUUAGAUAUUGCGUCUCUGUGCCCAUCAUAGCGGUAUCUUUGAUAACCGUUUUCUUAGUUAUGAUUAUAUCUUUACAGAUACAGGACUGGUGGGAUGCUUUCUUGACCAACAGGGGACUGUUUCAUUGGUUGGGGUAUUUGCCGAAAAUUAUGUUAGCCGUUGUGAUUUCCCUGAUGGAUGAGGCCUACUUCAAAGUUGCCGUGUGGCUUAACGAUAAAGAGAAUUACAGGCUUGAAACGAAGUAUGAAAAUCAUCUCAUUGGCAAAGUCGCCUUGUUCCAGUUUGUCAAUUCAUUUCUGUCAUUGUUUUACAUUGCCUUUUAUUUACAAGAUCAGGCCAGGCUAAAAGAGCAAUUGGCGGCCUUGCUAAUAUCGAGACAGGUGAUCGGCAAUUUGAAAGAAUCCGCCCUGCCGUACAUGCUCGAGCAUUUGAGGUUCGCUAAAAUGAGUUUCGAUUUGUGGGGAGCUCUGAGCCCCGUAGGAUCUAAACCCUUGCCGGGAGCUGUCGAGCAGGAAAAUGCAUCGGAAAAUCAGAAGGAAGAAAUGCCGCCCGAACAGCCAGUUAAAAGGAGCAUGAGCCAGGCUGAGUUAGAGAGCUCGCUCUAUAAGUACGACGGAACGUUCGCCGAUUAUUUGGAAAUGACCAUCCAACUCGGUUACGUAAUAUUGUUUUCUUCCGCUUUCCCGCCCGCCGCAUUGUGCGCGAUGCUAAACAAUCUCGUCGAGAUUCGUAGCGACGCGUUCAAGCUCGCCUACGUCUGUCAGAGACCUUUCGGUCAGCGGGUUCCCAACAUAGGCACCUGGCAGAAUUGCAUGGAAUACAUGAGCAUCAUGGCGGUGCUGGUCAAUUGCGCGCUUAUCGGUUUGUCGGGUCAGGUUCACAGGAUGUUUCCCGACAUGACCGCGACCCAGACGAUCCUGUUGAUCGUAGCACUCGAGCACAUAAUGUUGGUGAUCAGGUUUAUUAUUACCUGCGCCAUCCCCGAUAUACCGGGUUGGUUGGCAACCGAAAUGGCGAAGAUUGAAUGGGCUCGCAGGAAUUCUAGUCGAACUGCCGCGACCGCCACGCCAUCUCCAUCCCCGGAAGAGAUCAACGAAAGAACCAUCGGAAGGUUUUCCGUAUCGCCGAUACGUCACGGGUCGGUUAUGCCCUCUCGUCCCAAACAAGUCGACGAAAAGAUGAAAACUCCCGAAUCCGACUUGAAGAAGCUGAUAUCUAGCACCACGCCGGUACCGUCACCCACGACUCCCAGUACUUCCGCGAGCACGUCUUCUUCCAGUCAUCGAACACCGUUGGGGAUCACGCCGGAUAGUAUUCAACAGAUCCCGCCCUAUAAGCCGAGGAAAUCGAAGGAAUGGAUCCCCUCCGAAGUAAGACCAUCAACCGAACCGUCGCACCACUUGACGAUCGGUCCGAGCGGCGGCGUCGAAUGGGCCAGAAGGCUGAAGGAAAACCAGGACAUUCAUCGUAGUAGCGAGUGUAUUUCUCCUAAGGACGCGUCUAGUUCCGACUCGGACCUGUUGAAAAGCAGUCCUCUAUGGCCGCCUAGGCCCCGAUCUCCCGAUCACCUGGUCUCUUCCAGAGCGAAACCACCACCGAUUGUGCCGAUAGACCCGUCACUUAGUGACAGCGCCAAAAGCAUAUCCAGCCAGGAGACGUCUGACGAAGCAGCCAAAGCAGCGGAAGAAUUGGCGGCGAAGAAGAUCAGGGUGAAGCAGAGCCUGAUGAAGCGCGCGCGUUCGGUGGCCAUUUUCUCGCUUAAGCUGAAAGAGAGACGGGCAAGGGAGGCUCAGGAGAAAGCCAUGAAAGCGGCGGGAACACCCUCCACCCCUUUGCCGCCUCCGCAGUGCGGGGGCGGCGAACUUUCCUGUAUACCAAUUGAAAAGUUGAUUCAGCUGGAGGACGUCCGUCGAAACGUGGUCGCUAAGUCAUCUAACCACCAAACCGGUACCUUGUAGCUAAGUAACAUUUUAAUUUUUACACUAGCCGACAAAUAACUGGAAUACGAGUCUGAUUUUGUUAUCAUUGCAAGUUUUUAGAGUGUUUAAUAGCAACCAGUGAAAAUGUAACGUCGCUUACACAAAAAAAUAAAAUAAAACGAAAGUAUGCUUUUCGGUGUAUUAGACUCUAGGUAGAGUUGCUGUACAGCCGUACGGAAAUAAAUAAAUUUUAGUGCCGGCUUGACGCAUUUCAAAAAUCGUUCUCUAGAGGAAAACAAAUGUUAAUUAACUCAACACAAAGCAAUAUGAUUUCGUAGUAUAUUUAGGGUUUUAAGUUGCGUUGAAAAAGGCCUAUCGGGAAAGAUAUAUUGGUCGGUUAUUGAAGCAGGCUCAUCCGUAAGAAGACUCUCUCGACGAAGUACAAAAAUAUUUAUUUGAAACUGAGACUAAAAAAAAAACGAAUUAAAAAUAGAAACAAUAAAAUUAUUAAAUACGUGGUAUAUUUUUACUCUUUAAAAGGGCAAUAGAAACAGUGAUUAUAAGGAGAUUGUCUGAAACGAAUAUUUUCGUCUCUUUGGGCCAUCCAUAGAUAUUUCCAGAAAUGAGGAUAAAGCUCCCGAAAUUUCAUCGAAUUUAAAACGAAGCAUGUCACCAAAAAUUUUUAAAUUUUUGAGAAGAGGUUUCAGUCAUGUAUCUGUAAACGACAACCAAAAUGGUGUAAGUUUUGUGGGAUGAGAGAAAAAGGAGAACAAAUGACAUAAUUUAUGAACGGUCUACAGAUAACACAGGCCAGCAAUUUUUAAACCUUUGAAAGUUGAUUUGGAUUUGUUUAAUGUAUUGGAUUCUGUAUAAUUGAAGCCGCCUAAAUUUAAAUCUGAUAAGCAUUUUUUUCUAUCAUGUAAGGUUUUUUGUCAACAUUAAAAGAGUUAAUUAAUGAAAAUGUCAAGAAGACAAACCGAAUUGCAACAUCUAAAUUCAAUAACAAUGUCUCAAACAAUAGUUAAGUCCAUUUAUUUUUGGAAAAUCUCUCUCUGUUGGCCGAAAAACUUGAUUUAAUGGAUUUUCCGGACUGUCCUUUUUUAAUGCCCAGCAGUGGUCAACAAAUUAUAGUUUUAUACUCACAUUGCAUCCUAUUUUUCUAAAUAUCUCUUAACAUGUUUUCUACAAUGUCUUUGUAAUUUGGAUAUUUGUUGUUUCCUAGAAAAAAAUUUGUAACAAGUUUUUCAGCUUCAAUCAUGGUAUUCUCAAAAUCUUGAUAUUCCAUUAAUCGACUUAUUUGAAGCCCUAUAAAAACAUGCUCCAUCUUUAUUUGAAGCUUUAACAUACUGCUUCAUCAGUCCUAAUUUAAUAUGUAAGAGAAUUUCUCGAAGAACAAUAAGACUGUCGUGAAGUUAAAUUAACUAUUUUUCUGUUGCCCCACUCACAAAUCAUCGAACUAUAGUCAUUCGAUUUUCUCAAGCAGUGGUUCCAAGUCUUCGUAGGAUUCUUUCAUUUGUACAGAAAAAGCAAAAACAUUUCCGUUGUGCAAAAGAACAUCUCUUGGAUGAGUCAAUAAAAAAGCACCAGUACUCAAAUCUCUUUAUUAGAUUAGGAAUAUCCGGUGCAAUAAACAAAUGAACCGCUUUGUUCAAAAUUAUUUUGAAGUCUAGAUGCUACAAUUUCGGAAAGAUCCUUUGGUAAACCUAUCUCUCAUUGAGUCAUUAAACUCUAGAUUCUCAGAUGGGUUUUUAGUAUUAUAUCCACGUACAGUGUUAUUCCCGUACACAAUAAGACUGUAGAUCGCAAAUCACAAGCUGUAGGGUUAUUUCCCUUAUCUGUAACUUCUGUAAAGUUUUACGGAACAAAAUAUUUCAUGUUAUCAAGAACCAAAUAGUCGCCCAAUACCUCUUUUAAAUGAAGAUCCACCAUUACCAAUGUAACGACUACGUCUCAGUAUAUUUCUGAGGCUAUUGAUGAAGGUUGUCAAAUGAACGUCAUAUGUCUUGAUUUUUCGAAAGCGUUUGAUCACACGCUCCGCGCCUUUGGAUUUUCCGAAUCGCCUUCUAAUUUGUACAUUGCUUCCUCAGGCGUCCCUCAAGGCUCAAUGUUGGGGCCAUUAUUAUUCAACAUUUUCGUUAAUGACAUUGGUUCCCCAUACUAACUCUCUAGACGUAGUAACAUGUUCUUUGUGCCUACACCAAGAACUAAUAUUUUAAAAUUUUCACCUAAGCUAGACUUAAGUUAAGUUUAGCUUUAGUUGGGCUUCAUGCCUUUAAAUAAAUUAAUAAAAAUAAAUAAACAUUGCUCAUGCAGAAGUAGCAGUCAUCAUAGUGAUUUUUUGGCUCUCUCCAUAUCAAACAGGAGUGUAAUUUUUCGUCUAAAUUUCUUGACUCCAAAAGAACCACAACAUAGCAUAACGUAUCUGAAAUGUUUUUACAAAAUCUUAGCAUUGUCGUUUUUUUGAAUGUUUAUUUAUUUAUUUACAGAGAGACAGGCGCAACUGUUCAAUAAAAAGAAAGCACAAAAUGUCACAAAAAAUUAUUUUUUACCGGCUAAAUCUAAUUAAGAACUAAUUACAGCUUUUUAUUACAGUAUGUUAAUUGGUAUACGGUCUUAAGGUCAGAGCAAAUAGGUCAAUAUCCGGAAACGCGUUCUCUACCCUGCUAUAAGUACGGGUACAUCUGAUAAUUGGAGAGUUAGAAGUAUGUUUUUUCAAAAACAAAAGGAGAUUCAAUCAAAUUGUUUCCAACUUUAAAUCAAAAUUUGUUCUACGAUUUUUCAAAGACUGCAUACAAUUGAAAUGAAGGUUUUCACUAUUACUAAAAAAAUGUCUCUGUCUAUUAAAUCUAUAAUUUAUAGCAUUUAUAAAUUUUCGUUGUACAUUCUCCAGCCGUUCGAUAUAUUUCAAAUACAUUUUAUUCCAGACUGGCGUAGCAUAUUCCAACACGUGUCUGACAAGACUGUGAAAAAAAAUGCAUCCAUACCUUUAGCUCCUUUUGAACAAUGCUUUCUACUUGCAUCUCGAAAAAAAACCCCGAAUCCAAUGAUAUACCCAGGUCCUUUAAUGUUCCCAUUUUUAAUACACUAAAUACGACAUCUCAAAAAUUAAUUGUUUUUCUAUUCGUUUACACCGUACAACUCCGAAAAUAUGAAAAAUACCAAAUCACAAAAUGUUUGUUGGCCUGUGUUACUAAUGUACCCAAUAGAAUAUUAAUGAAGGUUAAUGACGGUGAAGGAUCGUUGUUGCUGAACUCGAUUUUGACUAACGUUCCCAGGUUCGAACAAGGAUGCUUCAUUCUCCAACCUGCUGCGUAUUAUGUGUGUAAAACUCUGCGCAAUCGCUUCAAAAUGUAACAUUUUCAUGCCGCAUAACCAGGAGUAUUGUUAUUACACGAAUAUAAAUAACAAAUGUUGAUAGUUGCGUAAGGUUGUUUUAAAUUAUUUUUUAUAAUACUAGCCCAUACGUUGUGGAGUAGAAUUAAGACUGUUUUACAUAACUUAACAGCUAAGAGUACCGGUAAAGCUUUUGAAUUUGAUUUGCAUGUGUAUCGGACAUCUUUGUGUAUUUUUGAAGUACUCUCGUA